AUGAUUAUUCUUACAGGUACAUCGGGCGGAAUUGGUGGUGCCGCGCUCGACACCAUCCUGGAGCAUAAGCUCCUUCAGCCGCACGAAUUCUCCAUCUCGAGCUGGAAUGGCCAGACAAGGUCCAAAAAGGCUAUAGAAGCAGGGAUUCAAGUUCGUAAAGGCGACUUUACGAAACCCGAAACUCUUGCUCACACCUUUGAUGGAGCAGAGGCUCUCUUCCUCGUGUCGCAUCCAUCUGUCGGCGAGGAGAGAUACAUCUUCCACCGCAAUGCCAUUGACGCCGCUAAAAAGUCGGGUGUAAAGCACAUCCUCUACACCUCCUUGACUUUUGGGGGUGUUGACGGGGAGCAGAGUGUUGCGGGCGUCGCUCAAGCUCAUAUCCGAACUGUUGCCUAUUUGAAGGCCUCCGGUCUCAAAUGGACAAUAAUCCGAUAUGCGACAUUCCAGCACUUGUGGAAUAAUUUCGCCGGAUUCUUACGUCUGGAGACAAGCGGUGAUGCUGAAGUGGUGAUGCCGACCGAUGGGCCAAAUAGCUGGGCUCACCGUGCUGACAUGGGCGAAGCAACGGGCAGACUGCUUGCCAAUUGGCGCAAUUAUGAAGGCAAGACGGUUAAUCUAACUGGCCCAGAGCUGUUGACCAUCAGUGACGUUGUCAAGCUUUACAGUGCCCAUACGGGCCGCAAGGUCGACGUUAAACUUGUGGGUGAUGACGAAGCCAUUGAGUACCACAAGCAGCACAAGACUUUGCCUCCUGAACAGGAAGACUUUUUGUCCAACUGGGCGUCAUGGCACAACGCCUUGGCUCAGGGAGAAGGCGAUUUCAUCGACCCAGCUCUUGAGAACUUACUGGGCAGGAAGCCAAAGACUGUGGGAGACUUGGCAGAUGUUCUGUUCACCGCGGAGACCAAUGAGUUAGAUACGACGGAUUUCAAUGGAGCUGCUUGA